AUGUCAUUUAUAAUAAUCUGGGCCGUUGCUGUGAUAGUAGCCCUCGGUUCGAAGUCGUCUGCCACAGUCAAUACUGUCUUCGUGAUUCUUAACUUGUUGUCCUAUCCCCCAAUCUUGCACAAUUUUUUUGUAGUACCUGGUAAUUUGUUCCUCCACCUGAUAUUGGGAUCCAGAGGCACCCUCACUCUUGGCUGGAGCUCAAAAUUCUGUGAUAUUGCUUCCGUUCAGGUGACCGCAUUUGUAGUCAUUUACGGAUUAACAUUUGCGAACUUCUCACUGUGGAUAGGAACAGAUGAAAAUGGAAAAUCAAGAUUUUUCCCAUUCGGAAUCGCUGGAACAUUGUCUGGUGCCGCUACUUGCUUUUUCGCUUUUGUCGGCUUCGAAGCUCUUGCCACAGCUGGCGAAGAAGCAAAAAGUAAUUUUCAUGACUAA